GAGAAGAUUGUAUUUGUGAUCCCUUCCCUACCACAAGAUCCUGGAAAGUCACAUUCUGGAAACCACUGUAGCAGCAACCCCAGCAGCAGUAGCAGCGAAAGCCCAGCAGGAGUGCGGUGAGCAAGCAAGCACCACCACGACUUGCUUGCUUCCCUACAGCUUUAGUUAGCGACUACAGAAACUGUCGCCUUCACUCUCCAUUGGAAGUGUCACGAGAGUGUCACCCAAAGCUGCACACGGGAACCUCUGGUGGGGCCCUUUCGGCUCGCGUGCCCGAAGGAGCAGUUCAGUGCAGUCCUUCGACCAUUACAUCUGGACGGACUAUCAGGAGCACCGAGCACCCACGCCCGUGACCAACGUUACGUUAUCCCGUCGGAUAUCCACUCUUCCUCAUCUGGCACCACCGUUCUUUGCCGCGCUGAAGUUACGCCACUAUGGGUGAAGGACCAGCGCCUACAGAUCCGCUUCAGGGAGCUUUACAAGAAAAUGGCGUGGAAUCCAAGGACAGCAAUUCUCCCACGAAGAACGACCAAGCCGAGGUCGCCAAGGAAGGGAGCGAGAAGAAGCCACCUCCUCCCUCCGUCGCGUUCCACAAGCUGUUCUCCUACGCCGACUCCGUGGACUACCUGUUGAUCGCGAUCGGGUCAAUUGGAGCGUGUAUUCACGGCGCCGCUCUGCCCGUGUUCUUCCUCUUCUUCGGAGAGCUCAUCGACUCCAUGGGAACUAACGACAUCGGAGGCGUCAGCAAAUACUCCGCGUACCUAGUCUAUCUGGGACUUAUUGUCUGGCUCGGAGGCUGGCUUGAGGUGUCGUGCUGGAUGCACACGGGCGAGCGGCAGUCGGCGCGCAUCCGCGAGCGGUACCUGGCGGCGAUUCUGAAGCAGGAGAUCGGGUUCUUCGACACCGAGUCCAGCUCCGGCCAGAUCGUCAGCAACGUCUCGGGCGACGUGCUGCUCGUGCAGGACGCCAUCUCCGAGAAGGUGGGCAACUUCCUGCACUUCAUGGCGACGUUCGUCGCCGGGUUCAUCAUCGGCUUCACGAGCAUCUGGCAGCUCACGCUCGUCAUCCUCGCUGUGGUCCCCCUCAUCGCCUGCUGCGGCGCCAUCUACGCCAUCGUGCUCACGGGCCUCACCUCCAAGGGGCAGGAGGCGUACGCCAAGGCGGGCGCGGUCGCGGAGCAAGCGAUCGGGCAGGUGCGGACGGUGUACUCGUUUGUAGCCGAGGAGAAGACGCUGAAGCAGUAUAUGGACGCGCUGGAGGCGACGCUCGGCCUGGGGAUCCAGGGCGGGCUGUCUAAGGGCAUGGGCAUGGGCGCCGUCUUCGGCGUGAUGUUCUGCGCGUGGGCGCUGCAGUUCUGGUUCGCCUCGAAGCUCGUCGCGGACGGCAAGGCCACGGGCGGGGAGGCGCUCACGACCAUGUUCUCUGUGCUCAUCGGCGGCCUGUCUCUGGGUCAAGCGAUGCCGAACGUGACGGCGUUCGCCAAGGGCCAGGCGGCGGCGUACACCAUCUUCCAGACCAUCCUGCGCAAGUCCGCCAUCGACGUGGACGACACCAGCGGGGAGGUCCCCGACAAAGUCAAGGGCGACCUUGAGCUGCGCAGCGUGCGCUUCUCCUACCCUGCCCGCUCGGACGUCACGAUUUUUGAGGACUUUUCACUCACGAUCACCGCCGGGACGACAGUCGCGAUUGUGGGGUCAUCGGGCAGUGGGAAGAGCACGGUGGUGGCGCUGGUCGAGAGGUUCUAUGACCCGCUUGCAGGUGCGGUGUAUCUGGACGGGCGCGAUAUCCGCUCCCUGCAGCUCAAGUGGCUGAGGGACCAGAUUGGGCUUGUGAGCCAGGAGCCUGCGCUGUUUGCGACGAGUAUUAAGGAGAAUAUUAUGUACGGGAAGGAUGGGGUGACGAUGGAAGAGGUGGAGGCGGCAGCUAAGGCGGCCAACGCGCACGGGUUUAUUUCCGGGCUGCCCGAGGGUUACGACACGCAGGUUGGGGAGCGGGGCGUGCAGAUGUCUGGAGGGCAGAAGCAACGAAUUGCGAUCGCGCGCGCUAUUCUCCGCAACCCUACGAUUCUGCUCCUAGACGAAGCAACUUCCGCACUGGACGCAGAAUCCGAAAAGGUGGUGCAAACAGCUCUGGAUGGAGUGAUGGGCGGGCGAACCACUGUGGUGAUUGCGCACCGGCUGUCGACGAUCCGCGGGGCGGAUUCGAUUGCGGUGGUGACGAAGGGGAGGCUGGUGGAGCAGGGCACGCACGACGCGCUGAUGGCGAAGGAGGGCGAGUAUGCCACGCUGGUGAAGCUGCAGCUCAAGGCCGUGGCCAGCGGGGAGGAGCUCGAUGGAGGGGCCGGUUCGUCCCGCCGUCGCAGCAUUGAGUUGCAGCAGUCGUCGCUAUCAGAGGGCGGCCGGUCAGCAGUGGAUUCCGAGUCCGACGAGGAGGAGAGCGGGGAGGCCAAGAGCAAGGGGUCGUGGUGGCGCCUCUUCAAGCUCACCCUCCCCGACUGGCCCUUCACGGCUCUCGCUGUCGUGGGGUCCGCUCUUGCCGGCUCCAUCAACCCCAUCUUCGGCCUCUUCCUCACCACCGUGAUCACGGCGUACUACAAGCCAGUGGACCAGAUGCAGUCCGAGGUGAACAAGUGGGCUGUGGUCUUCGUGUGCCUGGGCGUGGUCUCCUUCCUCGUGUACACGCUCCAGCACUACAACUUCGGCGUUGUCAGCGAGAAGCUCACCAAGCGCGUGCGCGAGCUCAUGCUCUCCUCCAUCCUGCGCAACGAGAUCGGGUGGUUCGACCAGGACAAGAACAACAGCGGCGCCGUUGCAGCGCGCCUCUCCUCCGACGCCACUCUGGUGAAGGGAGCCAUCGGGGACCGCAUCUCCGUCAUCACACAGAACUUCUCCCUCAUCGUCGUGGCCUUCGUGAUCUCGUUCAUUCUCAACUGGCGCAUGGCGCUUGUCAUCAUAGCCACCUUCCCGCUGCUCAUCGCGUCAGCAGCUGCCCAGCAGGCAUUCCUCAAGGGCUUUGCUGGGGACCUUAAGGCCGCCCACGAGAGCGCGAGCAACGUCGCAGCGGAAGCAGUGGGUAACAUCCGCACUGUGGCUGCUCUCUCCCUGGAGGACAAAGUCCUGCAGCUGUUCCGCAAGCAGCUUGAGCCGCCUCUCAAGCGGUCUCUGCAGCGCGGGCAGGUCACGGGUCUUGCGUUCGGCGGGUCGCAGUUCAUCAUGUACGCGUCGUUUGGGCUGGGGCUGUGGUACGGCGGGCAGCUGGUGCAGCAAGGGAAUGGGACGUUUGACGAGGUGUUCAAGGUGUUCAUGGUGCUCAUCAUGUCCAGCUUCGCCAUCGCUGAGACGCUCACCCUUGCUCCGGACCUCGCCAAGGGCGGGUAUGCCAUCAAGUCUUUCUUUGCCGUGCUCGACCGCCAGACCAAGAUCGUGCCGGACGAUCCGACGGCCGAGAUGGUCGAAUCGGUGAAGGGGGAGAUUGAGCUGAAGCACGUGCGGUUUGCGUACCCCACCCGUCCGGACGUCGUCCUGUUCAACGAUUUCAGCCUGAAGGUCCCUGCUGGGAAGACAGUGGCACUCGUGGGCCCGUCUGGCAGUGGCAAGAGCUCUGUCAUCUCACUUAUUGAGCGAUUCUACGACCCGCUAGCAGGCAAGGUGCUGGUGGACGGGAAGGAUGUGAAGAGCCUGCAUCUGAGGUCGCUGCGGUCGUAUGUGGGGCUGGUGAGCCAGGAGCCAGCGCUGUUUGCAGUGUCGAUCCGUGAGAAUAUCCUGUAUGGGAGGGAGGGCGCAACUGAGGCGGAGAUUGUGGAGGCUGCCAAGGCUGCGAAUGCCCAUACUUUCAUCAGCAGCCUGCCCAAUGGAUACGACACUGAGGUGGGAGAGAGGGGCACCCAGCUUUCAGGAGGGCAGAAGCAGCGCAUUGCCAUUGCCAGAGCUGUGCUCAAGAACCCAGCCAUCCUCCUAUUGGACGAGGCCACAUCAGCCCUGGAUGCUGAGUCGGAGCGCGUGGUGCAGGAUGCUCUGGACCGCCUGAUGGUGGGGCGAACGACGGUCGUGAUUGCGCAUCGCCUGAGCACGAUCCGCAAUGCUGACAUCAUUGCGGUGGUGCAAAGCGGGAAGAUUGUGGAGAAGGGAACGCAUGAUGUGCUGUUUAGUAACCCCAGCUCGGCGUACCAUAGCCUGGUGAAGCUGCAACAAUCGAGUGGAGAUACUGCUGCUUGAUGAGGGGCAAAUUGAGGGGAAAAAAUCCAUGUUAGGUGCAGAUUCUGUCUGUUGGCACACUUAUCGUGUUCAUUUGCUUUGGUGCAAUUUUUUCACGUGGUAGAGGAGGUCGUUUCCAGUGUUUGGUGGUUUAUUAUUGCCUUCUACUUUUGCCAUGUAUGAUGUUAACAUUUCUAAUAAAUGUCCUCCAGUCCU